CAGCCAGCCGGAAAAGUUACUUUCUUAUUAGGUAUUUAUCUUGCUUCACACGCAUAUACCAGAAGUUGUCGGGAGGCGUCCGUACUGUGGCAGAAAGUAGCUAGCCAGUUGGAGCUUCCCACAAAAGCAGAUUGGAUCCUGGCCGUGGACAUAACUUAGCUGACUUACUGCUCGCACUCAUCGUCUCAUAAUGGAUGACGCGCGUCCCCGCUAUAGCAAGCGCCUGCGGUCAGGCACAAGACGGCGUUACCAAGAUGACGGCAUCUCAGAUGAUGAGAUCGAGGGGAAGAGGACUUUUGACUUGGAAGAGAAAUUGCAGAGCGAUCGAUUCAGCUCUAAUUUGGUCAAAAGAAUGGAGGGGAAAGACUUCACGUAUGAAUACAUCCAGAGAGAGGGACUGAGGGACCCCAUCAUUUUUGAAAGGCCUGAUGGACUAGGAAUCAAGAUGCCAGAUUCGGAUUUCAGUGUCAAUGACGUCAAGGUGUUUGUAGGCAGUCGGCGAUUGAUCGACGUGAUGGACGUGACCACACAGAAGGGCAUCGAGAUGUCCAUGGCCCAGUGGCGCCGCUACUAUGAGACCCCGCCGGCCCACAGGGAGAAGCUCUACAACGUCAUCAGCCUGGAGUUCAGCCACACCAAGCUGGAGAACCUCGUCAAGAGGCCCAAGUCUGUGGACAUGAUCGACUGGGUGGACAACAUGUGGCCCCGUCACCUGAAGGAGCGUCAGAGAGACUCCACCAAUGCUAUCAUUGACAUGCAGUACCCCAAAGUGCAGAAGUACUGCCUCAUGAGCGUGCAGGGCUGCUACACAGACUUCCACAUCGACUUCGGAGGCACCUCCGUGUGGUACCACAUACUGCGUGGGGGCAAGGUGUUUUGGCUGAUCCCACCUACUCCCCAGAAUCUGGACUUAUAUGAGAACUGGGUGUUGUCAGGGAAACAAGGUGAUAUCUUCCUGGGUGACAAGGCAACCGACUGCCAGAGGAUCGAGCUCAAGCAGGGCUAUACCUUCCUCAUCCCCUCUGGCUGGAUCCAUGCUGUGUAUACACCAGUCGACACCUUGGUGUUCGGGGGCAACUUCUUGCAUAGUUUCAACGUCCCCAUGCAGCUGCAUAUCUACGGCAUCGAGGACCGUACACGGGUUCCUGCCAAGUUCCGCUACCCCUUUUACUAUGAAAUGUGCUGGUACGUGCUGGAGCGCUACCUGUAUAGUCUGACCAACACGUCGCACCUCACGCCUGAAUUCCAGAAGCACUCGCUGGGCAUAGGCCUGAAGCAAGAUCCAUCAUCCCAAGACGAAACUCUUAAUGGUCACAUCAAAGAUGAGGAGGAGGAGGAGGAGGAGGAGGAAGAUGAGUCUUUUCACACACCCCUCAAGCCUGGCACCAAAGUUCACCUCGCUCCCUUUGAGCUUGAGGGGCUCUGGAGCCUUCUGGGGAAGCUGGAGUCUCUCCCUUCCCAUAAGAAGUGUGUCCCGGCUGGAAUCCACAAUGCCCCUGCACUGCUGCACGACAUCAAGACUUUGCUCCAGGAACAUGCCAGUGACAACCCCAAACUGUCCUACACUGGAAAGCCCAUCGUCAGGUGGCCCAAGAGGCCAUCCUGGUACCAGCCCCCUCCACCCCCUCCGGUGGUGGGCCGACCUCGCCUUUCAUCGACGCUCGCCCCCCCGCGGCCUGUCAAGCCCCCGUCCUCCAUGUCGGUUCUGCGCCGGCGCCGUGUGCGCUGCAAACGUUGUGAGGCAUGCCUGCGCUCCGAGUGCGGGGACUGCAACUUCUGCAGGGACAUGAAGAAGUUUGGGGGACCAGGCAAACUGAAACAGACCUGCGUGCUGCGCCAAUGCCUAGCUCCCGGCCUGCCCUUAUCUGCAGUGUGUGAGGUGUGUGGGGAGGGCAGUCAGGAGGCUGGCGAAGACACGCCAUUUUCCCUCACACUCAUGGAGUGCUCCAACUGUGCCCAGAUCGCUCACCCCGGGUGCCUGAAGGUGCCGGGCGAGGGUGUCGUCAACAAGGAUCUGCCCAGUUGCUGGGAGUGUCCUAAGUGUGCUGUGGGCAAAGACUCAGAGUCUGAGUCCUCCGGCAGUGACGAUGACAGCGUUGCGUCUGUAGGCUCUCUUUCCCCAGCUGCACCUGCGUCAGAGAAGCGCUCCAACAAGAAGGGGAUAGGGGGCGCUGCUGUCGACGAGGGUGGGGGUGGCCGGGGAAGGGGCAGGCGCCCUGGGCGGCCCCUCUCUGCGCUCUCUAUUGCACCCUCUUCCUCCCACAGGCUGCUUCUGCACCACCAAAACAGGAAGCGUGCCGGAGCCCUGGAGCUCCGUCUCAGAAAGCGGAUAAAGUUGGAGAGAAAUAAAGUUCUGCAGCUGAAGCGCAAGUCCUCUGCCCUCGACCCCCGCUCAUCUAAACUCCUUUGUCGCCGUGGGAGUCACAAAGAUGAGGACUCAGCCAGCGAUGAUGAUGAUGAUGAUGAUGACGACGACGACGAUGAUGAUGAUAGUGGGGGAGGGCUUGGCAGCAGCAGGAAGCUGGCCUUGCAUGCCCGGGGCGGCUCUACGUCGCGUUUGCACCACUCCUCCCUACGGGGUGUUGGGCCGGGUAGGCGGGGCCUGUGGAGAGGCUCCGCCUCCCGUGUGGGUCGCAACAGUGGUGGUGCUUCUCUUAGGAUGCGACGUGGCAUGGGUGUGCGUGACGGGCGCAGGCAGCGAGGGGGACGCCCUUGGCCACGGGGAGCGGGACGUGGCCAGCGUCGGCGUGGCGAUACGGAGGAUGAGGACAGUGAGAGUGACAGCGAUGACCGUGAUGUAGACGAAGAGGAGGAGGAAGAGGAGGAGGAGGAGAGCGAAGAUGGACCCCUAGACAAGAGGAAGCGGUCACACAGACGCUGCAGUCAGGCAGAGGAGGAUGAGGAUGACGACGACAGGGACAGCGAGGACUGUGGCAUGGAUGGCAUGGGAGGGCAAGAUGCAGUGGAUGAGGACGUGGAUGAAGAUGAAGCAAACCAGUCAGACUCAGAGCCCGAACCCCCUGUGCUGCUCGUGUCAGACCUGAAUGACGACCUGCUGAAUGGCUCCUACUUGACAGUGACGCUACAGCGGCCACCCAAAGCCAAGCGUGACCCUGGCGCUAUUGUCCCCAAGCUGGAGGCGGCAGUGUCCCCCAGGGCCCCACCCAGCAGCCAGGGUUACGUGCAGCGUAAGUCGCUGCAGCGGUUGCGGCAGAAGAACGGCACCGCGGGCAACGGGCUCAUGCUGGGCCGUGGAGGCGGGACCCCUGGUGGAGGGCGACACCCACGCUCUCAAGGGCGCAACCACGCAGAGGCCCACGCCUUGGAUGGGGACGAGGCCUCCACCUCCUCCUCUUCCCGAUCCUCAGCCUCACCUACUCCUCCGCCCCCCACCACCUCCUGUUCCCCACCCUCCCUGCUGUCCUUGCCCUCCUUUAAGGACGUGGGCAACGAGCCCGGCUGUGAGAAGGAGGUGUGGGUGUCCGUCUUCCGCUAUCUGACCCGUGCAGAGCUGUGUGUCUGCAUGACUGUCUGCAAAAGCUGGUACAAGUGGAGCUGUGACAAGCGCCUGUGGACCCGCAUUGACCUGAGCCGCAGCCGCUCCAUUAGCCCCCAGGCCCUGGCAGGCAUCACCAAGCGGCAGCCUGUCGCGCUGGACCUGUCCUGGACCUCCAUCUCGAAGAAGCAGCUCACUUGGCUCAUCAACCGCCUGCCGGGCCUGAAAGACCUGCUGCUGUCGGGCUGCUCCUGGUCCUCGAUCUCUGCCCUGAGCUCCCCCAGCUGCCCCCUUCUCCGUACCCUGGACUUGCGCUGGGCGCAGGGGGUUAAGGACUCGCAGAUCCGUGACCUUGUCACCCCACCAGGCUGCGAUAACCGCAGCAAGCUGAGGAACAUGCUGACGUUUCGCCUGGCGGGGUUGGAGAUCAGUGACUCCACCCUGCGCCUCCUCAUUCGCCACAUGCCCUUGCUGGCGCGCCUUGACCUGUCGCAUUGCCACUGCAUCACCGACCAGUCCGUCAACCUGCUGACGGCCGUGGGCUCGUCCACCCGUAACACGCUCGUCGAGAUGAACCUGGCUGGCUGCAAUAAGCUGACGGACGCCUGUCUGCUGUACCUGAAGCGUGUGUCCGGGCUGACGCUGCUCGACCUGCGUGGCUGUAAGGGCGUGACGCGGCGUGCCUGCGAAGCCUUCAUCUCGGAGCUCUCCAUCAAUGCGCUCUUCUGCCUGACUGAGGACAAGCUCAUCCAGCGGAUAUCCUAGGGCGCUCUGUGGACCCUCCGGGCAGGCCGCACUCAUCCAGAGGAGAUUCUGAGGGACCUGAGCAGGGAUGCUGUCUGUCGCUGCUGCGUAUAGGCCGGGGUAGUGGGUGGGGGGUGAGUGGAGUUAGAGAGAUGGCCGUUUUGGGAAGACGGGUGGGCAGUGGCUCGCUUGCCUGUCAGUGUCGGAGUGAAUCAGCAGACACUAGGCACGUGGGUGCUUGCAGCAGAAUGGGACGGGUUUAGCGAUGGGGCGUGGGCGGGCACCGCAGCUGAAACGCGGGCCAAGCCGUGAGAAGGGGUGGGGGGGGCAGUGUGCCGCCCAAGCCCCGGCCAGGAGUCUGAGCAGAGUCUGCAGUGCUCCGCUGGCCCAGCUGAGCUGUAUGCCUCAGCUUCUUGGUUUUUGUACACAAACUGACACUGCUUCUUUUUAGAGCUCCUUUGGUUCCCUUUAUUAUAAACUCUUCUCCCUCCGUCAUGGCCCAGUCUCUCAUGCAGGCCCUAGAAGUUACCUACUUGUUACAUUUUUUUUUUUCUUUGUCUUCUUGCUCUGUCCUUAAUCUUAACGGGAAAUAUAUAUACUUUUGUGUACAUUUCUUCUGUUGGCCCAUAUGAUGACAAAAAUACUUGUAGCAGUACAAUAAUUAUUUUCUGAAAAAUUUUUCAAUUUUGUUUGUUUUUUUCCAAGAAAAGAACAAAAUAAAUAAUAAAAAAAAAAUGUUGACUCUG